UCGUUGCUUAGUCUACAUAGAGAAUGUCUACAAGUAACACUAAUAUGAGCUGCAACUGGAUUAUUCUUAUUUUCCUUCAUGGAAUACUGGCUGUACAAUCCAAAAAAUUAAUAGCUCGAGCUCAUUUUAAUUCAGAAGAUGAGAACCAAAUCAAACAGAAAAUGACUGCGCUUACUGACACUCAAUCUGGGCACUACGAAAAUAACUUUGAGUAUUUGUCUUCCCUCACUGAGUUAAUUGUAAAUAGGCUAUCGCAUAAGUCAAUUUCAGAGAAGCUAUCCGACAUUGAGAAAUUUCAAGCAUAUAACAAUCGACGAUUGGAUCUGGAGGGACAGAUAGAAAACCGUGUGAAUCGUGUCAAUUUUGAAAUAGAAUCACUUCCUCAUGGACAUACGUGCAAGGAGUUUUAUAUGCAACAAAAGUCGGCACUCGAAAGUGCAUAUACAAGGAAUAACUUAGUUAAGCAACACAUUCUAAAUGAAAAUAGUAACAAUUGUCCAUCUAAAAAUGAUUUCAACGGUUAUAAUGGCCACAACAACUACAACAAUGAACAAAACAACAAUAAUAACCCCAGAAAUGACAUCAUUGAAAAUAUAGAUUCACACAUUAAUUCUGCACUCGGACACUACCAAAACAACAGAGAAUAUUCCGAGCGCUUGAACGCUUUAUACAUGGCAAAGCAAUCUCAUUGGCGGAGUUCACAGUUGAUACACGCUGUUAAUAAGUUUCAUCAUUUUAACACUCGACGAUUGGAUCUAGAGAAACAGAUUGAAAGCCGUGAACGUCAGAUUGAUUUUGAAAUGGAAUCACUUCCUCAUGGACAUUCAUGCAGAAAGUUUUAUUUACAUCAAAAGAUGACACUCGAAAGAGCGUAUGUAAUGAACAACAUAUCUAAGCAAAACAUUGUAGGUAAGACUAGAAAGAAUUGUCCAUUUAAAUAUGAUUCCAACGAACAUUUGUCGGGCUCGAAUGGAGGGAACGGACAGUGGCCGAGGUGGCAUGUGAGGCCCGAUCGGUAUAAUUCCUUCGAAUAAAAUUUAAUUAAAAUGUUAAAAAUAAACAAGUAAGAAAACUCUAGUCGAGAGUGCUCGACUAGAUUCUACC